AAAAAAUAACAUUUUUUGGUUCUUUCUUAACUGCUGUUGCAGUUCAGUUAAGUUUUCUGAUUAAACAGUCCUGGAUAGGUGUACUUAGCCUAGGAGUAUCAGCAAACACUACAAAAUUGAACUGAGCUAAGAUUCAGUUGAAGCUUACUCAUUUUUGUUACUUAUCCACUUUUGUAGCUUAUAACUUUACAAUUUGAACCAUUUAUAUAUACCCUUUUUUUAAUCUUUAUUUAAGUUACAACUAUUAUAUCAAUCAGCAUGUCCUAGUCCAUUGCACACCAAGUGUUUGUAAAAUUGCCUUAGAGGGAAACAGGUAAAAGGGCUUUUAAGAAGAAGUAAAAGAAGUGAGUUACGUGGAAUAUAAGUUUGUUGCAUUGUAUAAUGGUUAUUAUGGGAAUGGGAAAUAGUAGUAUCAACUUGGUGUUUCAUCAUGGGUCAAUGUUUCCUCAUGAACAUGUAACUUCACUAGUGAAACCUAUGAAGCUAUGUGCAAGUUUUCAUUUGAAUUUGGCAACUUGGGCUGUUAAAAGUACUAGUAAAGAUCAAAGAUGGAAAGGGUUUGUUAGAAGGUGUUCUGUUACUGAGUUUGUUAUUGCCAGUGAUGAAAAGUAUGGCAAUAAGCAGGUUGUUAGUCUUACGCCCCGGUUGUAUGAUUAUGUCCUCGAAAAUGUUCGGGAACCAGAGAUUCUAAGGCAAUUGCGAGUGGAGACGGCAUCUAUGCGAGGAAGCCAGAUGCAGGUGUCUCCUGAUCAGGCACAACUACUUACAAUGCUUGUGCAGAUUCUUGGAGCAGAACGGUGUAUUGAAGUCGGCGUUUAUACUGGUUACUCAUCACUAGCCAUAGCACUAGUCCUGCCAGAAUCAGGUCGUUUAGUUGCAUGCGAAAGAGAUGCCAAAUCUCUUGAUGUUGCCAAGAAGUAUUAUCAGCUUGCUGGUGUUUCACAUAAGGUGGAUGUAAAACUAGGACUUGCAGCAGAUUCCCUAGAAUCGCUAAUUAUGAAUGGUGAAGCAGGAAGCUAUGACUUUGCAUUCAUUGAUGCUGAGAAAAGGAUGACUGAGAAAUAUUUUGAGCUGCUACUUCAAUUGGUGAGGGUUGGAGGUCUAAUCGUAAUUGAUAAUGUCCUUUGGCAUGGAAAAGUUGCUGAUCCAUUGGUAAAUGACUCUAAAACUAACAGCAUUAGAAAUUUUAAUCAACGGUUAAUGGAAGACAAGCGUGUAAGCAUCAGUAUGGUGCCUAUUGGAGAUGGAAUUACAAUUUGUCGAAAAAGAUGACACGCUUUUAAAGAGUUCUUUAGUUAUAUGCUAUUGCGAUUGAACCGUUCAGGGAAGAAAAUAAAAGUUAUAUAAGUCAUUACAUGUGAACUGCAUACUGAAGGAUAGCAUUUUCGCUCCAUACGGAAUGCAGACACUAGAUUUUUGUGAUCUUCUGUGCUGCAGCUUACUCACAUACAGGCUACAGCUCUCGAUGCGGAUAUAUUGCAUUCACUACUCUAUGAAGCAGAUAUAUAUUGUAAGAAACAAACUCAAGACAAAAAUGAGAAUACUUGUUGAAACCUUAAGAGAGCAUAAUCACAGAGAGAGCUUUCAUUAGAUGAAUGACAUAACACUAUUACAGUGACUAAUUUCAGGAGCUAACUUAGAUUAAUUUGAAAGGUUUAUAUCAUUCAACAAAUAUAUUUUCAUACAAGUUAACAUUUCUAAGGGUUGUUUAUCUCUGAGUUGUCGCAAUAUAGAUUUCUUUCAUAAAGAUUGACUAGGGAUCAAUAUACAGGUUUUUAUUUAUUUUUGAGUCCUAUAUGUGCUAUUUGAUAGAUAUUAAAAUUCUUACGACUCAAUAUAUGAUAGUUUUUUUUU